AUGGCUUCUAAUAUGAAUAAUCUUCCUCUCACCACUGGAAACCAUUGUGUAACACUGACAUCAACCUUGGUUCUAGCAGCUUUUGUUGCUCUCACAGUUCAAGUCUUCUACUUCUCCCCCAUAGAUCCACUUUUGUUUCAACCAACAUCUUCUGUAUCUUCAUCCAAAAACAACCAAUUACAGAAUUUGAUUAAACUUGGAGAAGGAUUUUUGAAGCAACCAGAAGAUGUCUGUGUGGAUAAAGAUGGUGUUUUGUAUACAGCUACACGAGAUGGUUGGAUUAAGAGAUUGGUUAGGAAUGGAAAUUGGGAGAACUGGAAGCAUAUAGAUAGUUCUUCUUUGCUUGGAAUCACAACUGCAAAAGAUGGUGGUCUCAUUGUCUGUGAUGCUACCUUGCAGGGAUUGCUGAAGGUUACAGAAGAAGAUGGUUUCAGUGUUAUCCUUUCACAAGUUAAUGGUUCUCAAUUACUGUUUGCAGAUGAUGUAAUAGAGACAUCAGAUGGAAAUAUAUAUUUCAGUGUUGCCAGUACCAAAUUUGGUUUACACAAUUGGCAUCUUGAUGUGCUUGAGGCAAGACCUCAUGGAAAACUUUUGAAGUAUAAUCCUGUGUCAAAUGAGACAGUUAUUGUUCUUGAUGAUUUGGCUUUUGCAAAUGGUGUUGCACUGUCUAAGGAUGAAGAUUAUGUUGUGGUUUGCGAAAGUUGGAAAUAUAGGUGUUUGAGGCAUUGGCUAAAAGGAAUUAACAAAGGCAAAACAGAUAUCUUCAUUGAAAACCUCCCUGGUGGACCUGACAAUAUCAAUCUUGCUCCUGAUGGCUCAUUUUGGAUCGCUUUGGUUCAACAAUUUACUUCUGAAAGACUGGGGUUUAUGCACACAUCUAAGGUGUCCAAGCACUUAGUAGCUUCAUUUCCAUGGCUAUUUAAUCUGAUCAAUGGCGCGACGAAGUCAGCAAAGGUGGUAAAUGUUGGAACUGAAGGCAAUAUUAUCAGAAGCUUUGGUGAUAAUGAGGGGAAGGUGAUUAGUUUUUUAACUUCAGCUGUGGAGUUUGAGGACCAUCUUUACCUAGGUAGUCUUAAUACUGACUUUGUUGGGAAAUUUCCACUGUUGGGUGUAAACUAG